GGAGGUCGGAGCGUCUCUGUGGCCACCAGGCUGCUUCAUCCAUCUACCGACGCUCAGCAGCACAUGUCUGUGUGUUUGUGUGUUUGGAUCUUCAGUUAAUGGAUUUUUACUUUGAGUCGUCGGAUCUGUGCAGUGAAAGCUUGGUGUUUUUUUUCACUGUCCGUCAAUAUAACCGGAAACGACGCGGAACCAUAGAAGUAAUUAAAAGACAAAAUUGAGAUGAGAGUUUUGCGAAAAGUGCAACUCGACUGAAGGCUGCUGCUGCUGGACUUCAUAUCAUAUCAGGAGGAAAAACACACCUUUCAUGUGUUUACGAAGGGAAGAAAUGUCUGCACUGCGUUCCCUAAAUAAAGGAAUAAUUCACUAAUUACACAACAAGCAGCCGGAUCGAUCAACGAGGCUGACUGAGGAUCUAAACUGGAUCCUACUGCUGCCAUCGAUCAACGAGGCUGAUCGAUCACCUUCACACACUAAACACCCUCACAGGGAGAAGAUGCCGUUCCACCAUGUGACGGCAGGCCUGCUCUACAAGGGGAACUACCUGAGCCGCUCGCUGUCAGACAGCGACAGCGACGUGCUGGCCAGCAUCUCUGUGGAGGAGCUUCAUGAGAUCCGGGAGGCGUUUAAGGUGCUGGAUCGUGACGGAAACGGGUACAUUUCCAAACAGGAGCUGGGUAUGGCCAUGCGCUCUCUGGGCUACAUGCCCAGUGAGGUGGAGCUGGCCAUCAUCAUGCAGAGACUAGACAUGGAUGGUGAUGGACAGGUUGAUUUCGAGGAGUUUAUGACGAUCCUCGGUCCCAAACUGCUGUCGUCUGAAACGAGAGAAGGCUUCCUGGGCAGCACAAUAGAUACCAUCUUCUGGCAGUUUGACAUGCAGAGAAUCACCCUGGAGGAGCUGAAACACAUCCUGUUCUACGCCUUCCGCGACCACCUGACCAUGAAGGACAUAGAGAACAUCAUCAUCAACGAGGAAGAGAGCCUAAAGGAAAACGCUGGGAACUGUCAGACAGAGUUUGAGGGAGUUCAUCCUUCAAAGAAGAACCGUCAGACGUGCGUGAGGAAGAGCCUCAUCUGCGCCUUUGCCAUGGCAUUCAUCAUCAGCGUCAUGCUCAUCGCGGCCAAUCAGAUGCUGAGGAACGGCAUGGAGUAGCUGCGCCCACUGUGAGCGGGGAACCAGCCAGCCUGCAUGUGCAUGCCAGUGGGUGAGGUCAUAUCCCUGUUGAUAGGAAAAGAACUACUGGGAAUAACACUCGAAAUAAUCAUCGACGGAAUCCAUUUUUAAAAUUAUUCUUAGUUUUUUCAAACGAGUGGCGCCUCUCCACCCGACGUCCGAUGAAACCGUGAAGCCAGCAUGGGGAGUCGUGCAGGACUCCUCCCCCUUUACUCUGACAGGGACACACAAGGGCUGACAUUACACAUAAUACUGUCUGUUUCCCUGAUGCAAUAAAAAAAUAUAUAUAAAUAAAUUAAAAAAAAAAAAAGUGCAGGAGUUCAGAGCUGCUUGCUUUUCCAGCAGGCGAGAUGUGACUGCAGAUCUGUCACCCACCAGGAGUCUGAUGAGAUACCAUGGCUGCAGUCUGGGCCUCGAAAAGGAAUGAGAGAAAAGGAACAAUUGCCCUCUUAUUAUAGUUCCUGGAAGCACGAUGACAGACCUCGCCGCCACUCAAGCAGAGGGGAUCUGUACGCGUCAGGCCACGGCUCCUGCAGCUCCUAUGGUGCUACGAUACUUCAGCUCUCCAACUUUCUAUUUUCAACUACUGCGUCUGUGGGCUGGUAUGAGGUGCCGGCAUCAGUUCAUCAGCCCUACACACCGAGCAGUCAAGCGAACAAGGUAUUAAAUGGUAACUCUGGGCUUGUGUUUUGGGCUUGUGAUAUUCAUGAAUGAACACAGAAGUCCUGAAAGUUUGAACACUGUUGGGUGAAUGCUGUUCGGGUGCAAAGAAAAGGUUUCGGUGUCCUAUUAAAGGAAAAAAAAAUCCACCCUUUCAAUCUUCACACUGUGAUAUAUCAUCUCUCCGUGGCGUUCAGUGCACUCCAGGAGUUAUUUUGCACGGUGAUUUCAUUCAACUUACUCUGUCUGCCUUGUCUACUUCUGCCUCAGUUGGUGAGUUCCUACAUUUUUCCAAAAUGACUUUGGACAACCCCCAGAGAACAAGUGUGAAACCGUCGCAUCCAAUGACAAUGGUAAGGGCAAAAUAGAGAAGAAGUUUUCCAGUUGACAAAACCUGAAUUGAACAUCUUACUCUCGAUACAGUAUGGUUUUGUGGCUUUCUACCAUGCCUGUUGGUACCGCUGCUAAAUGAAUCUUUUACUCUUUAAUCCCGAGGGGUACAUUGAUACUUGAACAUUCAUCGUAUUAGUUGGAAAAUAUAUGUGAUGCCACAUCAUCUGGGUUGGCCAGUCGUCCAUUAAAAUAAGAGAAAUUGACUUAAGGAUGGAAGGUAUAUCACCACCAACACAGGAUUUUCUUUUAACAGUGUUGAAGUGUUUUAGGGUGGAUUUUUUUUUUCUUGGUCCUUCAAAUCGCAACGAAUCAAGUUAAUGAUUUAUAAUUCAGUGCUGUGAAAAGUUGAAUCCCUUUAAGUUUCCUGCACUAGUUGUUCUAAAAUCAAGUCAUUUUAAGGUUUUUUUUCUGAGCUGUGUAUCCUUCGUUUCAUUUUAAUUAAGUUCUAUUCAUCUUUUGAAUUUUAAAUAUAACAUCAAAUUAAAAAGUUAUGAAAAACUCCAUUUGAUUUAUUCUUUAUUUUUAUCAACAUUCCAUUUCUUGUUUUUUAAUUGUAAAAAUUAAUCUUAAUACGUGUGACUCUCACUGUUCAGCACAUUUUCUGAAUUUUAAUCCAUCCUGCAAUUAAAAUUUUUCAAAGAUAUUUCCACCCCCAAAAAACACAUAGGUUCUUACAGUACUUUAGCACUCACCAAUUUUGCUAUUUUAAUUUUGAAACUGUUCCUGUAGUGUGAUAGUAGACCACAGAUAAUGAAUGUUCAUCCACAGCAAAUUCUGUAAAAACGUAGGUGGGGUUGCAAUCUCUCACAGCACUGAAUGAUUGCUAGACACCUCGCGGAGGUCGGCUCUGAACUCCUGCACUGACUCUCAUCUCGACAUGUAAACCCAGCCAGGGGUCAGACACACCCAUUGUAUCAAGUGCAUGCGAUCAAGUCCUCGUCUUUUGUAAAUACCGUAACCCACGUCUGAAGUGUCUCAAAGUGUCUGCUGAAGGUGUACAGUAUCCAUGUAUGUGCAUGAAUGUUCGGUGCUCUCUGCUCACUCGGGUUCAGAGGUGCAGGGAGGGAGAUCAGCGGAUAGAGAGGCGGCUGCUUCAUUACAAACACGUCAGACGCAGACGACGGAGGCCCUUUCUGCUCCCUCUCAACCCUCUUGCCAAAGCCAUAGAACUCCGCAGAGGUGAACCAGACAACACAAUAUAGACGCCUUGUCCCUGUUCCUACAUGGAAACACACGAUCAAUCUGGCGUUUUUUGGCAGAAAUAUGUCUAUCAUGUAGGAUUUUUUUUUUUUCCUAGUAUUGUUUUUGCACUGUACCUGUCAUCCGUUCCAGUGAAAUGACAAGGAGGGCUGUAGGUUUGUGCAAGAGUGCCAUCUAGAGGUGAAGUGAGAUCAUAUUGUCCAUGCGGUUGUCCCACUGCAGUGUUUGUGUGUUUCUCAGUCUCUAAGCGCUAGGAGAAUGGGAUGUCAGACGCGACUCUCACAGCAUUAUAUUCACAAUGUCUGACAAGUGUUGAUCUUAAAUGUUGAAAUAUGAUGAUUUUUUUUGUAUGUAUGUAUGUAUAGGUUGACUGUGAUCUACCAGCACUGUGGGUAGAGCAGCACUUGUAUUUGAACACAGUGUAUUUCUUGCCUAUGGCAGAAGACGUUCUUUUCAAUCUGUAAAAGGUUUCAUUCACAGAUGAAUUACUAAUAUUAAAUUUCAGAGACUGAAGAAAGAACACUUUGUGCAAAAACAGUUUACAAAACCUUGUAGGUCACACUGGUUUUGAUUUUAUUUCUUUUUAUAAUCUGAAAAAGUCACACUGAUUAAAAUAAUGUUUUUGUUUUUUUUUAUCCAGCAGUCUUGCAGUAGAGGUGGGAAUUUCCCUCCAAAUUCACAGUUAGUCACUGCUGCCAUGUGGUGGUUAACUGGAAAAGUGUUGUCUCCUUUAUUUGUUCUUUAAGAAGAACUUUGUCUUUCAAAUUUCAUUUUUAUUUGUGUAUGUUUUUUGGUGGGGAUAUUUGAGUUACAGUUACUGUGGUUACAGUUUUGCUGUAAUCUGUCCCCGUCCCUGCAGAACGGUUGCAUGUAUAGAGUUUUAUUUUGGAGGGGAAAACGCAGUGUCUCUUCAGUAGCAUGGUGAUUGGAUCCCACGUGUUUUUUUUUUAUUUAACUUUGUACAUAGCUAAUGAUAUAGCAUAUGUAUUAGACAAGCACACACUAUACAUACUUUGCAUGUGCAAUAUUUAAACAUGUAGACUAAAGAAAGACUUUUAGUUGUACUAUUUAUUAGAGGCAUAAUAAUUAGGAGGUUGUAAAUACAGAACUCUGUACAAUAGUCAAAGGAUUGAUGCAAUAAAACGGUGUUUUUUAA